AUGCACUCCCAAAUCCACAACAGACCAAAGGAAAUAUCGCCAACAAACUCCAGCCUCUGGGUGUAUCUGGCGAUGGAGAGCCCAAACUUUACGCACGGAAAUGUACCCAUUAACGAGACGCUGGUUCAGCACUCAAAAGCGACCAGGCUUGAAACAGCAAUCGCUUUACCGAUUUUUAUGUUUGCUGGAGGCGCCAUUGGGAAUUUGACUGCAAUAAUCGUCCUUUCAGUUUCACGACAGGAGAGGAAAUCUUCAGCCUUCUACACGCUGGUGUGCGGUCUGGCGGUGACAGACCUGCUGGGCACCUGCCUGGCCAGUCCGCUCACCAUAGCCAACUACCUGGACCAAAACGUGCUUAAGGGUCAUCGUCACGUCUGCGAGUUUCACGCAUUUUUGUUGCUGUUUUUCGGGUUAACAGGACUGAGCAUCAUAUGCGCCAUGGCAGCGGAGCGGUACCUGGCUAUAUGCUGCCCGUACACCUACCAGCGAUGGGGAGUGGACCGACGCUUUGCGCAAAAGUUCCUUUUCUUCAUUUACAUCAGUCACAUCUUCUUCUGCUGCCUCCCGAUGAUGGGCAUGGCGAGGAGUGAGCUACAGUCGUCCGGCACCUGGUGCUUCAUCGAAUGGGGGACGCAAAACUCUGUGGCCGCCGCGUACUCCGUCCUGUACGGCGCGGUCAGCCUGUUGCUCAUCCUGGGCACCAUCGUGCUGAACCUGGCGGUGUGCGGAGCGCUGCUGCUGAUGCGGCAGAGGAUCGUGCAGCGGCCCGUCACCAGAGGCAGCGUCCGGGAGAGGUGGAGGGCUCUGUCCUCGGCCGCAGAGACGCAGAUGAUUGCGGUGCUGGUGAUGACCUCCGCGGUGGUGCUGGCCUGUUCGGCUCCGUUGGUGAUCCGUGUGUUUGCUAACAGCGUCAUGCUGCGAAAUGACCCCAGUGCUGAUCUGGCUGCCAUCCGGAUAGCCUCUGUUAACCCCAUCCUCGACCCCUGGAUCUACAUCCUCCUCAGGAAAUCUCUGUUCCAACGGUUACUCAGCUUAUCAAGGCGAGGCAGCAGCACUCGCAGUAGUUCAUCUCCUACGACACAAAGGAAUCCGUUUUAUCCUGGACUCAUGAGGGACAGCAACGUGUUCACCCAGCUGAUGUGCAAUGCAAACAUCAUAACUCAGCUGCCUGCCAGCAUCAAAUUCACUGCAUACGAUGCAGAGGGCCUUCGCCAGACUUAA